AUGAUUACAAACAUAAGUUUACCAACGGAUCUCGAUUUCCCGACUUCCUUCUUAAGUUAUACUGUCAUAGAAAGAACAGUUCGCUGCUCAUCGGUGCUGAUCAUAGCUUUAGGGCUGUGCCUUAUAGCAUUAGGCGUGUAUACUACAGUGUUGGUAAUCACCGAGUAUACAAGCCCGAAACCCUGUCUUAGCGAAGUCUGUGUUGGUACUGCAUCAAGAGUUUUAUCAGCACUCAACAGAGAUGUGGAGCCAUGCACAGAUUUCUACGAAUUCGCAUGUGGUGGUUGGAUUAAGAAGAAUCCAGUCCCAGAAUGGGCGACUUCCUGGGACCAACUGGCGAAGCUUCGGGAGCAGCUGACUUCGGACCUGAGAGAAGUGCUGGAGGCUGGUGAUGGAGAGGAUCUACCCAAGAGUGUACUUAAAGCAAAGGCAUUGUACAGGACUUGUAUUGAUACUGACAAAAUGGAAGCAGAAGGCAUCAAACCUAUCCAAGCACUGUUAACUAGUCUCGGUCUGCCAUCGCGGCCUCCCAGCACCGUCAGCGCCAACUUCACCUGGGAAGACGUGUCAGCUAGAGUGAGAAGAAGACUGGGACUUAACGUGCUGAUCAGCGUACAGGUGGCAGAAGAUGUCAGGAACACUAGCAGGAACCGGGUUGUGAUUGAGCAAGUGACCCCUGGCUUUAGCGAACGCUACCUCCUCCAGCCUGAGCAAUUCGGGCAGGAGUUGGAACAAUACCGCAAGUACAUCAAAGAGAUGAUCACCAUCGUAGAUCCUGAUACUGAUGCUGAGAAGUUCGCAAAUGAAAUCAUUGAGACUAGCCAGAGUCUAGCGAGAAUAAUGACCCCAAUGGAAGUCCGCCGUAGUGGUACACACCUGUUCCACGAUGUUAGCGUGUAUCAGUUCGUGCAGGGAACCGGAGCUGGUCCCGCAGAGUGGAGUGAGCACGACUGGGACAAGUACCUGAAGCUGGUUUUCAGCAACACAUCAGUGGAACUUCAACCUCAUGAGGACCGCCUAAUCGUCAUGGACCUGCCCUAUCUCCAGAAACUGGCGACUCUGCUUUCAACCACUGAACCGGUGCUAAUCGAGCGUUUCAUCUGGUGGAGCGUAUUCUCGACUGUUUCACCAAUGACACUGACCUCGUUCCGUGAGCUUGGUUUCGAGUUCAGUCGUGCAGUAUACGGGCUUCGAGCGCGUGCUCCAAGAUGGAAGACCUGUACCGCCAACGUUAACGCCAACUUUGGUCUUGCACUGUCUUACCUCUACGUCAACCAGCAUUUUGAUAAUGCGUCACGGAUUAAGGCGAUAGAAAUGGUAGAAGACGUUCGAGAGGCGUUCGGGCAAACGGUACGCCAUCUUGAAUGGAUGGAUGGAAGUACGCGAGAUCGUACGUUGCGCAAAUUACGUGCGAUAAGGAACUUUGUGGGAUUCCCCGCUUGGCUAUUGGAAAAAGCUAAGCUGGACCGGCAUUAUGAGAAGGCAGAAGUAAUAGAAGGUAACCUUUUCGAAACAUUCUUGAAGUUAACUAACGCGGCCGUCGAGAAGUCCUUCAAAUCACUUAGAGAGAAACCGGAUCGAAACAGAUGGGUAGCAACAGCUACUACGGUUAACGCGUUCUAUUCAGCAACUCUCAACUCAGUCACGUUCCCAGCUGGUAUCCUGCAACCGCCAUUUUAUGGAAAUGGAAUUGAAGCAAUCAAUUACGGCUCGAUCGGCGCCAUAAUGGGACAUGAAGUUACCCACGGAUUUGACGACCAAGGUCGUCGUUAUGAUGAAGAAGGAAAUCUGCGUCAAUGGUGGUCCGCAGCAACGCUGGAACAUUACCACGGGAAAGUGCAGUGCAUUAUUGAGCAAUACUCGAAAUACCAUAUGCAGCAGUUGCCUAACUAUACGGUCCAUGGAUUCAAUACACAAGGCGAGAACAUAGCAGAUAAUGGCGGGAUACGUGCAGCGUUAGACGCUUACUCACUGUACGCGAAACGACACCCAGUCGCAGAUCGUAUGAGACUACCCGCACUACCGCAAUAUACGCCGCGACAACUGUUCUUUUUAGGCUUUGCUCAGGUCUGGUGCGGCAACUCAACAGUGGGUGCUUUAAAAUCCAAAAUGGUGGAAGGUGUGCAUAGUCCGAAUAAAAUUCGGGUUAUAGGAACCCUCAGUAACUCCGAAGAGUUUGCAGAAGCCUGGCAAUGUCCUUCAGGAUCACCUAUGAACCCACAACACAAGUGUGUUCUGUGGUAG